AUGGAUUCCACCCAGGUCUCCUUCAAAUCCAUCUUCGGUGGCACACCCGAGCCCACUGAUGAGGUUGAUGCCGAGCCCGAUCCUACCCAGCAUGGGCCCCACAGUUUCAACAACGUAACGACAACUUCCGCAAAGCUUGCGGACGAAAAUGUUGCGCCUUUCCUCGCGAAACAUAUCCCUGAACAAUACGCUCCCUUGGGUUCGCGAACAGGCAAACCAGAGGAUCUGAGCAGUGCCAACUCGAAAUACUGUUAUCGCCACCGACCAGAUCUUAAGUGUAGGCGACAGGCAGACGAGCCUUCAAUGGAUAAACUACAGAGGGAUUUGGAGACUCUCCCGCAAAGCGACCAGCAGGGUAUCGCCCAUAUAUGGUCUCUCUUCUCCGCCGCGCCCGCGAAACACCGCAAACUUAUUCUGCAAGGGCUGAUGGCCCAGUGCUGUUUCCCGCAACUUUCUUUCGUUUCCGCUACUGUUCGCGAUCUCAUUCGAAUCGACUUUCUAACCGCUCUUCCCCCGGAGAUCUCCUUCAAGAUUCUUUGUUACCUCGAUACCACAUCUCUUUGCAAAGCCGCUCAGGUAUCUCGGCGGUGGAGGGCUCUGGCUGAUGAUGAUGUUGUCUGGCAUCGUAUGUGCGAGCAACACAUCCAUCGCAAAUGCAAGAAGUGCGGAUGGGGUCUUCCUCUACUGGAGCGGAAACGGUUACGCGAAUCGAAACGUGAAAUUGAACUGCGUGCCACGACCUGGGACAUAAGCGGCCCCUCGCCAACGGUUACAUCCACUGGGGAGCAACAACGCGAACAAUCGGCGGCUCCUGAAAGCUCCAGCUCUGGAAAGCGAAAGCAGGACACUAGUGAUGAAGAAACCGCAGUUGUCAAACGACAAUGCUCGUCCCUUGCGCCUGACUCGGAGAAUGACGAUGCCUUUUUCAAGAAGCGGUACAGACCUUGGAAAGAAGUUUACAAGGACCGAUUCAAGGUUGGCACCAACUGGAAAUAUGGACGGUGCUCGACCAAGAUUUUCAAAGGCCACACAAAUGGGGUCAUGUGCUUGCAAUUUGAGGAUAAUAUACUGGCCACCGGCUCCUACGACGCAACCAUCAAAAUCUGGGACACUGAGACCGGAGAAGAAUUGAGGACGCUAUAUGGUCAUGAGUCUGGGAUCCGCUGCCUCCAAUUCGACGAUACCAAGUUGAUCAGCGGCAGCAUGGAUCGAAGCCUCAAGGUAUGGAAUUGGAGGACCGGAGAGUGCAUCUCCACAUACACUGGCCACAGAGGCGGCGUAAUUGGCUUGCACUUCGAUGCUACCAUUCUUGCAUCUGCGUCCGUCGACAAGACGGUGAAGAUCUGGAACUUCGAGGACAAAUCUACCUGUCUCCUGCGCGGCCACACGGACUGGGUCAACGCAGUUAGAGUCGACACCACUUCCCGCACCGUCUUCUCCGCUUCCGACGAUUGCACCGUUCGGCUGUGGGACUUGGACACCAAGCAAUGCAUUCGGACUUUCCAUGGCCACGUGGGUCAGGUCCAACAGGUCAUCCCUUUGCCUAGGGAAUUCGAGUUUGAGGAACAUGACGCAGAAUGCGAAAACGACAAUGUCAGUACUGUCUCGGAUGACCCAGGCUCCCCUGCGCCCCAGACUACCUUCGGUGUGUCGUCAAUCGAACCCGCUUCUCAGUCCUCCAUGUUUGGGCCUUCGUUUGAUAAUGGCCGUCCCGCGCCUCCUCGCUACAUUGUCACGAGCGCUCUGGAUUCCACGAUCCGACUGUGGGAGACUACUACCGGAAGAUGCCUGCGAACCUUCUUUGGACACCUAGAAGGUGUUUGGGCACUGGGAGCUGAUACAUUGCGUAUUGUUUCUGGCGCCGAAGACCGCAUGGUAAAGAUUUGGGACCCCCGAACUGGGAAGUGCGAACGCACAUUUACUGGCCAUUCUGGACCGGUGACCUGUAUCGGUCUUGGAGAUAGUCGCUUUGCCACCGGAAGCGAGGAUUGUGAAGUGCGCAUGUACAGCUUUCAGAGCUGA